CCUAGUCAGUACAAGGUGUGGCGUUUUUACACGUGCUUUUUAUCAAUUGUGUAAUUUGUGGUCAAUUGACAAGUGUGGAUUGGAGGUUAGGGUUAGAAACGUUUCUGUCAACUCGAAGGAAUUUUGUUCGCAUAUAAACAUUUAUUUGUUAACAAUCUGAACAUCGUGGAGUAAUUAAUGGAUUGGCAAUGGGUCUGUUAACGGUGCUGAAAAAAUUGAAGCAGAAAGAAAAGGAGAUGCGAAUUUUAAUGUUGGGCUUGGAUAAUGCAGGCAAAACGACAGUGUUGAAGAGACUCAAUGGUGAACCAAUAGACACUAUAUCGCCCACGCUUGGCUUUAAUAUCAAGACAUUAGAACAUCGCGGAUACAAGCUUAAUGUAUGGGAUGUGGGUGGACAAAAAUCACUGCGUUCCUACUGGAGAAAUUACUUCGAGUCAACAGAUGGACUUGUUUGGGUGAUAGACAGUGCAGACAAAAGGAGAUUGGAUGAUUGUAAAAUAGAAUUGUACAAGCUUUUGCAAGAGGAAAGAUUGGAAGGGGCAAGUCUUCUUGUUUUUGCCAAUAAGCAGGAUAUGCCUGGUGCGUUAUCUGCAGCUGAUAUAGCCGACAUUCUGGAGUUACCCAAUAUAAAGACUCAUCAUUGGCAAAUUUAUAAGUGUUCUGCUGUGACAGGUGAAAAUCUAGUCGAUGGUAUCAAUUGGAUUGUUGAUGAUAUUGCAGCAAGAAUAUUUUAUAUAGAUUAAAUU